AUGGGCAUUGUCCACUGGCAAAAGAUCGCCCUUGCCCCGCGCGAUCCGAUCAUCUCCAUCAGUCAGCUGUACAAGGAGGAUCCGAAUCCGGCGAAGAUCAACCUCUCCAUCGGCACCUACCGAACCGAGGACAGCCAGUCCUUUGUCUUCUCCAGCGUGCGGCAGGCGGCCGAGUCGGCCCACCAGGCGGUGCAGCGCCUGGAGCGGGAGUACUCGCCCAUGGAGGGCUACGAGGAGUUCAAUCGGCAGGCCUUUCGCCUGCUCUUUGGCCAGUCGGCGGUCAGUGAUAAGACGAGCGUCACCGUGCAGACGCUGGCCGGCACCGGGGCCAUCGACCUGGGCGCCGCCUUUCUCGGCAAGUUCUUCGAGGGUCGCCGGCAGGUGUUCAUCUCCCGGCCCAGCUGGAUCAACUACUACUGCAUCUUCAGCAACUACCGCUUCGAGGUGGCCACCUACCGCUACUACGACGCAGCGACGAAGCGCUUCGACGCCGGCGGCUUCUUCGACGACCUGGCGAAGCUGCCCGAGCACUCCGUGGUGAUGUUCCAGCCCUGUGGGCACAAUCCCGCCUCGGUGCAGCCUUCGCCCGACGACUGGCAAGUCAUUUCGGCGAUUGUACGCGAGAAGAAGAUGCUGCCCUUCUUCGACACCGCCUACCACGGCCUCUGCUCCCCCGGCGCGGACAUGGCCGCCGACCUCUACCCGGUGCGCCUUUUCGCCGAACAGGGCCACCUGAUGCUCGUCUCGCAGUCCUUCAGCAAGAACAUGA